AUGUUCUACCAACGAGAUGGUCGAACAUCUUCUUCUAGCGAUAGACAUCAACCACAGCGUCCACACUAUCAACAGUCAUCAUCUCAACAAUCUUCACGAAGCAGUGGUGACGCGAGGGCUGGCGCGCCCAACACUUCUCUGCAUCCUUCCCAAAGACCACAACCCAGCAGGCCACUUCGGCCAGAUCAGGUCCCCAUCGUGUUGGGUCGACCACGACCAGCUGCCAACAGAGAACCCCCAGCCACUCGCACUAUACCCCAAUACCGUCAAGACUCAGGCCCUCCAGUCGCACAGUACAUUCACCAAGAGCCCAUAAAUACCUGGGUUGACGAGGUCUCCCCCACUUAUUCGGAUAUGCCUCGUCCUUUUGCUGGUACUCAUCGCGACUCCUCUGGAUCCUCCGUCUACUCAGUUCCCGAUUUUCCCAUGCCCCAAGCUCCGCAAAUCCCUCAACAAGUUGCCCGCCCAUCUUAUCAGCCCAAUCGCCGCCCUCCACUAGGCCCUCCCCCUUCGGCGCGCAAAGGCCCUGCAUCAUACUACCCGCAAACGAACUACGUCGCGCCUAUCUUGGAAGAGACAGACAGUCAACGAGGAUUGCAUGACUCGAAGAGUUCUUUCGCUUCAAGUAAUGCAAUCCCUAUUGGCAUCUCAAUGCAUCUUGCUGAUCAGCAUGACAUGCGUCAACACGAAGAGUCUCCAUUCCAAGAUCAGUAUGAAGACUCUGAUAGCAGCGAACCUGAACAGAUGAUGCGCCCCAAUCCUGUUCGUCAGGCUAGCAUUGGUCGCAAAUCAACACCAGUAUUGACCACGAUAAAGAAUGGCGAUUUACGACCAGAUAGUCUGACUCGACCNCUGGAUCAUUCCCGCCAUGGGGGAAAUCUGGAUGAUGUUGAACGUAUGGCACAGGACAUGAGCUAUCCAAUGGUUGACAUGUCACCUGAGGAACACUCUGAAAAGUCUUUCCCCCAGUUGUCUACGCGAACGAGCAGUUCUGAUAUCCUCGGCAAAGACACAAUGAUACCUGGAUAUGAGAGAUCCAACGAAAGGAACUCUUCCAUGUCCGCCCUUGAGAUGUCCGAGAAGAGAGCUGCUCACGAUUUGGGAAAGCAGACACUCGCCGAGAGAGUGGGCUCCAGGCGACCACCAAGGCUUGACGUAGAUGCCGUUCGAGAGGCAGAAGCCCGCGGCAGUCUUACCAGUCUUCCAGAUCUCAUUCGUAGAGCUACAAAAGUUGCGUCAAACCUCGACCGCGGCCGGACUGCGAGUAGACUGGGUCUCAACUUCUUCGAUGAUGAUGCACCACAAGCACAUGCUUCCGACAGCAGGAGAUCUGGUUCUCUUUCGGACAUUCUUGCUUCGUUUCCUCCUCCAGGACUCGCUACUCCCACCAGAUCCAGAGGUUCUAAAGGAGGGUCAAGGAGCUCCAGAGCAAUGCCAUGGUCUUCGAAUUUGCAGCACAGCGCUCUUCCUUCGGCAAGUGAUCUUGGUGAGGAGCCUGAGCGGCGCAGGAGAUGCUGCGGCAUGCCGUUGUGGCUGUUCUUCACGCUACUUCUGCUCAUAGUUGUUCUUGUUGCUGCCGCUGUCAUCAUCCCUAUAGUUCUCAUCGUCAUUCCUCAACAAAGGGUGCUUCGAGUGGUGCCUCAGCCUCUGCGCUUNGCCACAUGCCAAAGAUCACUAGACUGCAGAAAUGGUGGCAUCAAUAUCUUAGGUAGUGACGGUAGCUGCAGCUGUUUAUGCGUCAAUGGGUUCGCAGGUUCCGAAUGUACCCAAGCAUCAAGUGCAUCUUGCACAACCGCGACCGUUGACAGAAUGAACAAUGUCACACUUGGAGAUUCUAUUCCACGUCUCUUUGCUGGCUCGGCAACCAACUUUAGCAUUCCACUGAACGCUACCAACAUCUUGGGAUUGUUUGCUUCAUCCAAGCUUACGUGCACUUCGGAGAAUGCAUUGGUCACAUUUAAUGGUCUCUCUGCUCGAUCUAUCCCGGAAGGCGUCUCUGAGAUCAAGCCUUCUUCAACUAAAACCCUGGUGAGACGUGCAGAUUCUACAUCUGUUGCUGGAGCUGCAGUCACCAGCAAUGGUAUUGUCUUUGCCAGCGGGUCACCGAGCGACUCAUCAUCCUCGUCCGCCUCAGCAAGCUUCGACACCACGACACCAUCCUCGAUGCCCUCUCCAUCUGCAUUGUCUGACUCGACAACACUUGACUUUGCUCGAGUCGCCGUACUCUUUGUCUUUCAGCAGUCUGGCCAACUAAACAAUGCGAUUGCUGCUCAGGAGAAUCUUCAAAACUACUUCACCUCUGGAACCACAAGCACUGGACAACAGAUUGAUGCUUCGAGAAUUGAUCUUGGUGCUGAUAUUAGUGCAAAUCUCCAGAACCACUCGGUCACCUUGGCUAACGGCACGGUGAUUGGUGGCUAG